AUGACAGUACCAGAAAAGAGUACGGCAGUAUAUCUUGCUGAGGAUUUGCUUGUGGAGAUACUCACUAGGGUUCCUGAGGCUUCUCUGGCACGGUUCCGAUCCACCUCAAAAGGAUGGAACACUCUUUUCAUAAAAGAAAGGAAACUUGACUACAAGUCUCUUGUUGUCAUGUUAAUUGAUCAUAGAUUUUAUAUAGCUAGGCUAGAUCUGCACGGCAUUCAAGACGACAGCGUUGUCAAGAUAAUAAGUCAGUUCAGCCUCAAUGAUCGUGUAGUUGAUAUACGCCACGUCUUUCACUGCGAUGGCCUAUUGCUAUGCACCACCCUGGACAAUAGAUUGGUGGUUUGGAAUCCAUGUUCAGGGGAGACCAGUAGGGUGAUCAAACCGUUAAAUUUGUACCCUGGUGAUGAUACCUAUGCACUCGGUAAAUCCUCUAACAACACGUACACAAUCUUGAGAGUGCAUCAUCAUGGAAUCGGUUACUUGGUGGAACCAUGCCUUGUGGAGUACGAAAUAUAUGACUUCACAUCUAAUUCGUGGAGGGCUGUUGGUAAGACUAGAGAAUGGUCCAUUCCACGUCGUCCACGGUCGAGGGAUACCUUACAAUGUUUUGAUUUUUCGACCGAGAAAUUUGAACUUGUGUCUCUUCCGGGCGAUCCUUUCUCUUAUUAUGCUUUUGCCUUAUCAGUGACUAGAAAAGAGCAAAAUCUUUGUUUGUUAAUUUUGUCACGUAAUGAGGAGGUAAACCAUAUAGAUGUAUGGAUGGGAACUAAGAAUAAAAGUAAACUCCUAACAGUGGAACGAACCCUUCGGUGCAAGUUCAUUACGCUACGUACUGGGAUGAGUUUCUUGGCGGAUCAGGAGAAUAAAGUUAUAGUGUAUCCCACUAAGGAUAAGAACUCUGCUAACCGCUUACACAUUUUGGGAGGUGAUAAACACAUACAAUUAGUUGACCUUAAUGAUGAAGGAUCUAAAUGCUCACAUCCUGUCAACUAUCUAGGUCCAACUUUGGUUCAAAUUCAACAAGGUUCUUUGGGGGUAGCUAGGCACAUGGAAAGCACCAGUAACGUGACUUGUAAUGGACACACUAGAUUAUGCAAUUGUUAUCCAAGUUUUCAUGAUAUUUGA